GCCAGGCAAUGAGCCCCACAUCGCCGCGCCACCAAGCCACCGCGGCGCCGCCGUCUCGAGUCCACAGGGCCUCCCACCUCAUCCACAAGCAGCCGCCCUCCUCCUCCGCCUCCUCCUCCUCCUCCAACUCCUCCGGCUCCGGCUCCGGCUCCGCCCACCACCGCCCGCCGCCGCGCCAGCACAAGCACCAGCAGCAGCAGCCGGUCAUCAUCUACACCCAUUCCCCCAAGGUGAUACGCACGAAUCCCCGGGACUUCAUGUCCAUCGUCCAGAAGCUCACCGGCCUCGAAACCAACAAACACGGAUCGACCGCCACGUCCCGGGAGGACUCAUCCUCCUCGACCGACAGCUGCGCCAACCAGGCCCACGUCGCCGCGCCGCCGCCCUACGUUGAUCCGCACCCGAUGCCGCCGCCGCCGCCGCUGGGGACGCGCCACUUCAUCCCGCCGGAGAUCCCGCUGUUCGCGCCUGCAGCCGCCGCUUCCGAGAUGCCCCUGUGCGCGUCCAGGGGGUUCUACGGCGGCGGCCCGUUCAUGAACAGCGCCGGCGGCGCGACGGCGUUCUCCCCGGAUUUGGCGUUCCCGGAUCAUUGAGGCGUGGGGUGCAUGAGUUAGGACGGCCGAGAUCGAUCCAUGGCGGCGCUUUCAGGCAAUAAUUGGAACGAUCAAAAGGUUCCAUCUUUUUGCUUCAUCCCACUUCCAUUAGUGCUCAAAUUUCUUCAUCAGGAGGAUGGUUUAUAUUAACCAAGAACUGGUGCCACGAGAUCGAUGUUUUUUUCGCCCACAUUGUAAAUAUAAAUAAAAUCGAGGAUUAGCUGUUGAGUACGAAUACAUUGUCAGCGUUUUUUUUUAUUCUUCAAGGCGUGUUCGAAUGAUUAAAUAGCGUUUUUUGUUCUUCCAGGGGUGUUCGGAUGAUUAGGUUUUUGUUGUUUUGUCAUCCUCCCAGCAAGCAGUAAUUUAAUCAAAUUAGGCACAAA